GUCAGCUCAGAUCCUUCCAUGUACAUUGAAGUGGAGAAUGACAUUACGUCAGCGGGAGGUUCUAAACUGAGCAGGCUAAAGUGCAAUCGAGAAGGCAAAGAGUGGGAAACGGUCCUCACCAGCCGGAUUCUCUCAGCAGCGGGAAGCUGCGAGGUGGUGAGCGUCGCUUGUGAAAAGCGGACCCUCUCGGUGUUUUCAGCUUGUGGCCGCCGCCUUCUCCCUCCCAUCGUCUUGCAUUCACCUAUCUCCACCUUGCACUGUACAGGCUUCUACAUCAUGGCUCUUACAACUGCCGCAACCCUCUCCGUCUGGAAUGUUCAGAAGCGGUCGGUCGUGGUAAAGGAUGAGUCCCUGCAAACGAUUUUAGCAGGCAGUGAAACAACUGUGUCUCAGAUCUUAUUGACACAGCAUGGCAUCCCAGUAAUGAAUAUGUCUGAUGGAAAAGCAUAUUGCUUUAACCCUUCUCUUUCCUCCUGUCCAUUGGGCUGUGGAGGAGUUUGGGGCGUCGACCUGCGGGGCUGCGGAGGCGUGGAGCUUGAGUUGCAGCAGCAGGGCCGCGGCAGCUGCAUCGAGUUGCGCCGGUUCGCAGAGCCGCGGAGGCACUUGGACGCUGUUCUGUUAAACCGUGUCCCCGGCUGGG